UACAUGUUACUUGAUUGCCGACCGCCGCAAUAAUAAGUAAUAAAAGCCCUGCGUCAUCGCUACACAUGUGUUGCGCAUGAUUUUGACCUUCUUUGUUUCCCCUUCGUCGCUCGAUCACGACGUUGUCGCCACAAGAGCAAAGAGGGCGCUUCACUCCAAUCCCAACUUGUGUGGCCCGACUGGACCUUAUCCGCUCAGCGAUAUCCACGCUUCCUUCUAGCUACACUUCGUCAUUGCCUUGGAGAUUCGAUAUAAAAGUGUGAAGAUGUCGGAGAAAGAGGCGGUGUCAACCACAGCUGGUGCACAAGACGCGGCUGCUUUGGCCCCUGAGCCUGUCCAUGAUGCGGAGAAAGGCCGUCGUGGCUCUGCUGCCCACAUUGAUAUCAACAAGAACGUGGACGCUAAGAUCCGAAAUCCGCUUGCAGGUAUUCCUCGGCAGCAAUUGCUUUCCGAUGUCGAGGCAUUUGCCCGUGAGAACAACUUAGACCAGCACAUACCGCUCCUGCGGAAGGGAGCCCUCGUUGCGCAGGACCCAACUUGCUUUGAAGAUAUUCAGGGUGCCGAGGCACUUGACGAGGCCGAGAUCUACGCCCUCAAACGUGAAAUCACUCAUAAAUGGAGUGUUCCUAGAACACUAUAUCUGACUAUUAUCACCUGUUCUAUUGGAGCAGCCGUGCAAGGCUGGGAUCAAGAGGGUAGCAAUGGCGCCAACCUAACUUUUCCCUUGCAAUUUGGCAUUGGAUCUAAUUCGACUCAUGACGUUUUCCUUGUUGGCUUGAUCAACUCGGCCCCAUACAUUGGCUCAGCUCUGAUAGGUUGCUGGUGCUCUGACCCCUUAAACAAUUACUUUGGCCGACGAGGUACCAUUUUCAUCUCUGCCAUCUUCUGUCUGAUCACCCCCAUUGGUGGUGCUGUUACCCAGAACUGGCAGCAACUCCUCGCUACGAGACUGCUUCUUGGUAUCGGUAUGGGUAUCAAGGCCUCGACUGUGCCCAUCUUCGCCGCCGAAAACAGCCCAGCUUCCAUCCGUGGGGCAUUGACGAUGACAUGGCAAAUGUGGACUGCAUUUGGUAUCUGGCUCGGGACUAUUGCCAAUUUAGUUGUUGGACGUGUUGGGCCGAUUGCUUGGCGAUUGCAAAUUGGCUCGGCCUUCAUUCCGGCUGUACCACUGGUAUCUCUCAUUCUUUUCUGCCCCGAGAGUCCUCGCUGGUUUAUCAAAAAGGGUCGGUACGCCGAGGCUAUGACAUCGCUUUUGAAACUACGCAAUAAUCCCAUCCAAGCAGCUCGCGACCUUUACGCUAUCCAUGCCCAGGUUCAAGUCGAGGCCAAUGUUAUCGGGAAAGCUUCAUACGUCACUCGCUUCUUCGAGCUGUUCACAGUCCCUCGCCUUCGACGGGCUACUGGUGCCGCUUUUGUGGUUAUGAUUGCACAGCAGCUCUGCGGUAUCAAUAUCAUUGCCUUCUACUCCUCGACUGUGUUCGUUGCUGCCGGCGCCAAUAACUUCCAGGCCCUUCUCGCCUCUUUCGGCUUUGGUGCCAUUAAUUUCUUCUUUGCAUUCCCUGCCUUCUGGACAAUCGAUACAUUCGGCCGCCGCGCUCUUCUCCUUUUCACAUUCCCCAACAUGGCGUGGUCAUUGCUUGCGGCUGGUCUUUUCAACCUUCUUCCCGAACAGUCAACAACCCAUGUCGUCCUUGUGGCCGUGUUCAUCUACGUUUUUGCAGCAUUCUACUCUCCUGGUGAAGGCCCUGUUCCGUUUGCCUACAGUGCUGAAGUCUUCCCACUUUCUCAUCGUGAGGUCGGCAUGGCUUUCGCAGUGGCAACGAACCUGUUUUGGGCUGCUGUGCUGAGUAUUACCUUCCCUAAAAUUCUAGAUUCGCUGGGUGUCGUCGGUGCAUUUGGCUUGUAUGCUGGAUUUAACGUUUUAGGCUUUGUCCUGAUCUUCCUGUGGGUACCAGAAACGAAGCAGCGCACUUUAGAAGAACUGGACUACAUCUUUGCCGUGCCCUCUACGCUGUUCAUCAAGUACCAGUUCACCAAGGCUCUUCCAUGGUGGUUCAAGCGUUGGGUACUCUGGCAGAAAAGCGCUACUCUCCAACCGCUGUACCAAUUCGACAGUCCGCCUGUUGUCGUAUCAACCCCAGAGCCAGCUCGCAGCUCCUCGGUUGAGAAAAACCACGAUAGCGAUGCUAUCGCCACGACCACUGGUACCGACAUACCGCCUGCUGGUGAGAAGAAUGUAGUUCAAGACUAA